AUGGACGCCUCGACUUUGCCAGCGCAUUUGAGCUAUCUUAAUGAUGCUGCUUAUCUCCUCAGGGCGUCCGCCCCCGAGACCUCAGCGUACCUGAUGAGCCACCACAACAAGCUCAUGUUCAUCAACGACGUAGAGCAGAACGACGUUCAACGACAACACGUCUGCGGCGCCUGCGGUAACAUCAUGGUUCCCGGUCAGGGCACUACGCUCAAGCUCGAGACCGAAAAGGCAUUGAAGAGGAAGAGACGUAGUGUCACGACUCAAGCAUCAAAGACGAAGCUCGAACCUCAGCAGCGGUCUGGCACGCGAAAGCUUUUCAGCUGUGGGAAGUGCAGCCGCAUCACCAAGAUUUCGUUCCCUACGCCGCCACCGGCCGUGAGACGCCGGGCCACAAUUGAGCACCGGUCCGCGGCGAAGACGCAACAAGCCACUGUGGCCGAGGCAGCUAAACCGGCCACGUCCAAUUCUAGCAGCAAGAAGCGUGCGAAGAACCGCAAGGCAGGGCUGCAGGCUCUUCUUAGCCAAGCCAAGACGUCUUCUUUGGGGGCCAGAAAUCUGAGUCUUGCUGAUUUUGGUCGACUGGGUUGA